AUGUCUUCAAGAAUAGAAAGGAUAUUUUCAGGUCCUGCUUUGAAAGCAAAUCUUGCUAUUGAUAACUUACCAAAAAUUUAUAAUGUUUAUUUUAUUGCCAGUAUAUCUACCAUUGCAGGUAUGAUGUUUGGUUUUGAUAUUUCAUCGAUGAGUGCUUUCGUUGGUCAAAGUCAUUAUGAUAAUUACUUUUUUAAGGGAGGUAUAGUAGAUUCGGAUAUUCAAGGUUUAAUUACUGCAAGUAUGAGUUUAGGUUCAAUAUUUGGUUCAAUUGGUGCUUCCUUUGUUUCAGAACCAUUUGGUAGAAGAUUAUCAUUAAUUAUUUGUUCAUUCUUUUGGGUAGUUGGUGCAGCAAUUCAAUCUUCAGCUCAAAAUAAAACUCAAUUAAUUUUAGGUCGUAUUAUUUCAGGUUUAGGUGUUGGUUUUGGUUCAUCUGUUGCUCCAGUUUAUGGUUCAGAAUUAGCUCCAAGAAAAAUUAGAGGUUUAAUUGGUGGAUUGUUUCAAUUCUUUGUUACUUUAGGUAUUUUGAUAAUGUUUUAUAUUUCAUUUGGUUUAGGUAAAAUUAAUGGUGUUGCAGGUUUCAGAAUUGCUUGGGGUAUUCAAAUCAUUCCUGGUUUAUGUUUAUUACUAGGUUGUUUCAUUAUUCCUGAAUCUCCACGUUGGUUAGCUAAACAAGAUAGAUGGGAGGACGCUGAAUAUAUUGUUGCAAGAAUUCAGGCAAAAGGUAAUAGAGAAGAUCCAGAUGUUUUAAUUGAAAUUUCAGAAAUUAAAGACCAAUUAAUGAUGGAACAAGCUGCUAAAAAUAUUGGUUAUGCCACUUUAUUCAGAAAAAAAUAUUUACCAAGAACUUUAACAGCAAUUUUCGCUCAAAUAUGGCAACAACUCACGGGUAUGAACGUUAUGAUGUAUUAUAUUGUUUAUAUCUUCCAAAUGAAUGAUCCAGCACCCUUUCUUGAUGUAUUUUUGAUUUGGUGACUUGGAAUAUCAUUUUGUUGAUAAUUGUUGAUGCAGCAAAGCGCUACCAAAUGCUCAUAAAUGCUAGCGGAUGUCAACUAUUACAACAAAUGUUGUUCAACAGUGCCAAAGUUAAAUACAGGUUUAUCGAAUCUAUACUAACUAUUUUUACAGGGCAGGAAAAACUGGUUCAGCAAAUCUUGUUGCAAGUUCAAUUCAAUACGUUUUAAAUACUGUUUGUACCAUUCCUGCGUUAUAUUGUUUAGAUAAAAUCGGUAGAAGACCAUUAUUGAUGGGUGGUGCUAUCAUGAUGAUGAUUUGGCAAUUUGGUUUAGCUGGUAUCUUGGGUCUGUACUCAAUUCCAUGGCCAGAUUCAGGUAAUGAAUCAGUUACAAUUCAGAUUCCGUCUAAUCAAACACCAGCAGCUAAUGGUGCUAUUGCAUGUUGUUAUUUAUUCGUUUGUUCAUUUGCUUUCACUUGGGGUGUUGGUAUUUGGGUUUAUUGUUCAGAAAUUUGGGGUGAUAACAGAAUUUCUCAAAGAGGUAACUCUCUUUCAACUUGUGCUAAUUGGUGUUUGAAUUUUGCAAUUGCAAUGUAUACUCCAACUGGUUUCAAAAACAUAAGUUGGAGAACUUAUAUUAUUUAUGGUGUUAUGUGUUUAUGUAUGUUCAUUCAUGUUUUAUUUGGUUUUCCAGAAACUAGAGGUAAAAGAUUGGAAGAAAUUGGUCAAAUGUGGGAAGAAAAAGUACCAGCCUGGAGAUCAAGUUCAUGGCAACCAAAAAUUCCUCUUGCUACAGAUGCUGAAUUAGCAAGAAAGAUGAGUGUUGAACAUAAAGAAGAAGGUGGUUUAAUGGAUGAUUCAGCUUCAAGUGAAAAAGCUUAG